AGUACUGGUUGUAGACUUCCUAAUUAGGCAAUGUUUAGCAGAAUAAAAGCGCGUUUACACAGACCUAAAAAAAAGUGACUACAUCAUAAAAAAGAAGAGAGGUGUAAUUAACAGAAUUAGGCAACCAAAUUGAUUAUCAUUAAACUCAGUCAAACAUCAGUUACGACGAUAUGGUGCUUAUUAACGACUUAUCAUUCAAUCAGGAUUACUCAUGUAUAUCGUUAUCGACUUCAGAGUAUCAUAAGAUAUUUAAUUGUGAACCGUUUGGAGAGUUUUACGCUUCUAAUCAAGGAGGGAUAAAGCGAUCGAUAUCGAAUUCAAUUGAAGAAGAAACCAAUAUCAAUAAUGGGAUACGACUGAGAGCUGGUAGUUUAGCUGGAUUGAGUAUCGAUGGAAAUGGUGAUGGCGAUGAAGUAGGGUAUCCUACUGCAUAUUUGAAGAUGUUGUUCUCUACAUCAUUAACUAUUAUCAUUCCAGAUUCAAACAAUAAGUUAGGGAAACGAGUUUUAAAAAUAUACAAUUUAAAGCAGAAUUUAAAGAUUUGUGAAUUAAAUUUUAGUUCUAAUAUCAUUAAUAUCAAAUUAAAUCGAAAGAGAUUACUUGUAUUUUUGGAAAUUGGUCAAAUUUACAUUUAUGAUUUAAGUUGUGUUAGAUUAAUAAAGAUUCUUGAUAUUAAUUCAUAUUUCAAUGAUACUACCAAUACCACUUCGGAGCUAAUCGGUGAUUUAUGUUCAAGUAAUGAUGAAAGGUCUUAUCUUGUAUUACCAAUCUCAGCCAUAAAUGAUCAAACCGAUUUAUUUAAUGCUGAACCAUUAGCUUCAAAUGGUGGUGGAAAUGGGAAUUCUCCAUCUAGAAGUAAUUCAACUCCUUCAACUCCAUUAUUAAAACCAAGUGAUUCGACCAUUAUCAAUAAUAAUUUGGAUUCAUUGAUUGUGUAUACUUCUAAAGAUCAUCAUCUUGCCAAAAAAUCAAAUAUAACUCUUGAUGAUUUAAAGAAAGAUAGUCAAGGUUGGAUUAUAGUUUAUGAUACCAUAGCUUUAAAGCCCAAAUUAAUCUUUAAAGCUCAUAAUUCAGCCAUUGGGAAGAUAUCAAUCUCUAAUGAUAAGAUUGCAAGUGCAUCUAUUAAGGGAACUAUUAUUAGAGUAUUUACAAUUCAAGAAGAUAGUAAUAAUGAAACAUUAAGAAUUUCUCAAGUUUUAAGUUUAAGAAGAGGUCAUAAUCUUGCUAAGAUUAAUGCUUUAAGUUUUAAUUCUGAUAAUAGGAUAUUAGGAUGUGGAUCUGAAAGUAAUACGAUUCAUUUUUUUAAAUUGGAUGAUUCAGAUGAAUCUCAUAAUGAUGAAGGAGAUAGUGAUAAUGAAGGUGGUGGAGCAGGUGAUGAUGGUGGUGAAUCAAGUAGUAGAUCAUCGGAAGAUUUGAAUGAGAAUUUAGCUAAUUUAUUAUUAUCCAAACCAACACAAGCGACACCUCAAGCUUCCAAUAAAGAUAAUGAAAGUAAUGGUAAAUCAAGUUCAUAUUUUAGUUUUGCUACGUUAAAGCAAACUAAAAAGUUAAUUAAUAAUCAAUAUACUAAAUCAAUUAUUAAGAAAUUACCCUAUAAGGAUUAUUUUGAUAAUUUAAUUUGGGAACCACCAAGAAGAUCAUUUGCUUAUAUUAAAUUACCAGAGUAUACUCCACCUCAUUAUCUGCAUCAUCAAGAUUUAGAAGAUCUGUUUCAACUGCAAUCACAUCGUCAUGAUACAAAUAAUAGAGUUGAGAUUGGGUUUAAUAAUCUGUUGAUAUUAUUAGCCAGUUAUCAAACGGGUAUAUUCUAUCAAUAUCAAUUACCAAAUUAUCGUAAACAUCAUCAUCACCAUCAUCAUCUGAAUGGUAGCAAAGGUGAAGAACACGAAGAAGAAAAGAGAGAAGAGUGUUAUUUAAUUAAUCAAUAUAAUAUGAUUUAGGGAAAGUAAGGGAAGGAAGUUCUGGGAAUACAGAGCACAUAUAUAGGUUUUAGGUUUUUAUAUAUAUAUAAUUAUAUAAUUUUAUAGGUUUUAAUUUGAUAUUUUCAGUUCUACGUUUAUUUUUACCCCAGUUUUCCGUUGUGAGAUCGAAUCUCCGAAACUUGAAUUCAUCGUAACUUGACCAAAACAUGAUCAAAUUGGUUCAAAAUAGUCUUGAAUGAUUCAAUUAUAUCAGUAAUACCCAUAUAAAACAUAAUAUUUAA